AUGGCCAGAUGGAGAACUCCACAGGCAUGGCAGACAGCAGCACAUAAAUUGAAGAGUAAUCCAUCAAGGUUUCCAGGUAUGGAGCAAGAUUUGUUUCUAGUUCUAGCAUGUAGUUAUCAUAAUUUGCCUAGUGAUAACAUCAAAUCAUGUUUCAUCUAUUGCUCUUUAUUCCCCAAGAAUCAUGAAAUUGGUCGUGAUCAGCUAGAAGAACUUUGGAUUGGGGAGGGAUUCUUGGAUGAAUUUGAUCACAUACGUGAAGCAAGAAACCAAGGAGACUCCAUUAUUGCGCGUUUACAGGGUGCAUUUCUAUUGCGGGAUGGUAUGUCCGAGAAAUAUGUGACAAUGCACGACAAAAUUUGUGAUAUGGCCUUGUGGAUAGCUCAUGAAGGUGGGAGGAAGAAGAAAUUUGUGGUAGAAAAACAGGUUGAAUUGAUUGAAGCUGACGAAGUGGCAACAUGGAAGGAGGCACAGAGGAUAUCAUUGUGGGACUGUAGUGUGGGAGAGCUGAAAGCGUCACCAUCUUUCCUCAAUCUUGAGACAAUAUUGAUGGUAUCGUAUAGUAACGCUACCAAUCCAGCUCGAGAAACUGUCAAAACUAAGGUGUUUGAUAUUGGAUGAGAUGCAUCUGCUUCGAAUAAUU